UCCUCUGUGUGGUUUGUUUCUUUCUUGGUUCUGAGUGUGCACGCAAGCCCCAGCUCUAGUCACGCUUUUUCUUUUGGCAACUCACCUUGUCGUGGCCUUUUCUACCUGAAUGAGUUUUUUGCACUCAGGACAAGGGGUAAAUGGUAGAGGGACAAGUGACCCCUUUUUCCAAUGAAGUAACUUCAGCCUCCACAAAGGCUGGACCACUAGUACUGUCCCUGAUCCAAUACCCCUCCCUCCACCUUCUGGACCCGACUACCGUGUGCAGUUUCGGCCCCCUUGGUGCUUCCUCUCCUCCUCUGGGUAUCUUGGUUCUAUGAUUCCAUCUUAAUGCUCACUGGAAUGUUGGGGGGGGGGGGCCAGCGAAGCACUUUUAAGAGCUAGGCACAAUCUUACUCCAUUCUCCGGCCCCUGCAUUCCUACACUUUUAGAAUCGUUCCCUUGGGAAAGAAAUUGUGUAGAAAUGAGGCAGCAAAAAGAACAGCGGAAGGCUUUCCUGACCCUUUCGGUCUCAUCCCUCCCGGUUCUCUGAUGGAUUGCUGGGCCCCACAGCCAUCUCCCUGUUAAGAGAAGCCCCGCCCAUGCAGAGGGGUGGAGCAUAGGCGGAGUCCGAGGAGUCUGGGAAGGAACAAAGCGCGGCCUGCGGGCGGCGGCUGGGCUCCCUCCGGAGGCUGGGCCACCGGGAGCAAGUCCUGUGAGCCGCAACCCGCGUGAAACAUUGGAGGACUCCGAGUGGCAUCGCGGUCCGUGCCGGCCCGGCCAUGAACGGUCUACCCUCAGCCGAGGCGCCGGGCGGCGCGGGUUGCACUCUGGCUGGGCUCCCACCGCUACCGCGGGGCCUCAGCGGCCUCCUUAACGCUAGUGGGGGCUCGUGGAGGGAGCUGGAGCGUGUCUAUAGCCAGCGGAGCCGCAUCCACGAUGAGCUGAGCCGUGCCGCCCGCGCCCCGGACGGUCCCCGUCACGUUGCGGGCGCUGCCAACUCGGGCUCUGCAGCAGGCGUGCGUCGCCCAGUUAACUUGGACUCGGCACUGGCCGCGCUGCGCAAGGAGAUGGUGGGGCUGCGGCAGCUGGAUAUGUCGCUGCUGUGCCAGCUGUGGGGCCUGUAUGAGUCGAUCCAGGACUACAAGCAUCUGUGCCAAGACCUGAGCUUGUGCCAGGACCUGUCAUCCUCCCUCCACUCGGACAGCUCCUACCCACCUGAUGCCGGCCUGUCCGAUGAUGACGAGCCUCCUGAUGCCAGCCUGCCCCCAGACCCUCCACCCCUCACCGUGCCCCAAACACACAAUGCCCGUGACCAGUGGUUGCAGGAUGCCUUCCAAAUCAGCCUCUGAAAAGCUGGGGUGGAUAGCUAAGCACCUAGACAAAAGGCUCAGAACUUGCCCUUCAGCAAGUCCUUAGUUGACAGUGCCUGCUCUUUUACUGGUACCACCUCACUUCACUUCA